AUGAACGAUGCAGGAGAUGCUGGGACCCCACAGCAUCCCAACGAUCCGUUCACGGUCCCCGCAUGCUCGCCUAAGGUCGCCGUGCCGCCGGAGCUGGAGGCUGCGCUCGGCUACGACACGGAGUGUACGGAUGCGAAGAAGGAAGAGCUGAAGUGUGAAUUCAUCGCUGUCAUCAACAGCGUCACGUACACGCUGCACGUGUGCGCGCUCUACGAAGGUCCGGAUCAGUUCCCCAACUGUCUGCCGUACAUGGACGAGCCGAGGGUAGAGCUGUGCGAUUACAGCGGCGUGGAGGUGGAGUGUGGGGAAGGGUCGACGAGGAGAGGGAGCAGGAGAUUGAAGCGACAGGUGGUGGAUGAGACCAAGGCUAUAACGCUGUCAGCGUUCAUCCCCGGCCAGGCAGCAGAACUCGGCGCCGCCGUCGACCUACGGCAAUAUUCGGAGCAGGAGAUGCAGCGGCCAGCAGCAGGAGGGAACAUUUGA